CUAUACUCCAUCACCCCACAGAUGAACAUAGCCUAUUAAGCGACGUUGCAGUGCGCUUCGCCGUGACAUACGUGCGUCGCGACGCUUGCGGUUGGGUGUUGCUGCCUGGGAUGCACACGGCCGCUUUACGAAAGGAUAACUGCUGAGACCUAGUAUGGAGCUUAAUAUACCGGCCGCGUUCUGCAGGCUGUACGACAACGCACCAGGACGUCCAUGACGUAGCAACGCGCGCGGAAUCCAGCUGCUCUCAGUUCAGCCUUGAGCACGUAGCAGCAAAGAGGCUUUCCUGCCGGGAAGAUGGCCGGCAAAGGCUGCAUGGGCAGCCAACACGCCGUCGGCGAUGGUCCCCAUGCACGGAUGAGGCAAACGUGGGCAAAGCCGUCCAGCUUUCCGCCCGCCUUGCUGGCUGUGCUGCUAGUACUUCAGGCAAUGGCGUCGACCGUUGCAGCUGAAGGCCACACGACCUCUUGGCAUUCAGUCCAGCUUAGAAGCAUUGGCAGUAGCAGAAGAAGCAGCAGUAGUAGUGGUAGCAGUAGAAGCGGCAGUGGUCGAGCACUUCUUCAGACGCUAGCGGACGUGGAUUUCCCCUUCCAAUACUCCUGCCGCAAGCGCUGCACGAACAGCCCUUGGGCGCUUGCGGGAGUACGGAAGACCUCAAGUCGGCGAGGCACCGUCCUAACCUACUGCGUCAAGCUGCAAACCAAGACCUGCGCGGAUCACGCAUGUUGCGCGGAGCUGGCUAGCCGAGUAGAAGCCAUUUCCCUUAGCACGGCCGCCGUUGGGAGUUGCAACGCCAGCAGCGUACUGCGAGUGCUGGCGAACGGCGUGGAGCUCCCGCGCACUCUCAACUACCCAGCUGGGUACGUUGUGGGCAGUGCGGCCAACGUGGGGCUGCUGGCCAGCGGCCUCGGAGCCCUGGCGCCCACCCCUGGGGAGCUCGAGGUCUGCUACGAAACGCGCUCCACAUGCGCCGACUGGAGCGACCUGUGCCACGCCACCGACGGCGCCUGCUACUUUGCAGUCAACGAGGCCGCCCCCAGCGAAGACCUUGGCUGCUGCAACACCUGCCAGGUGACCGGACUCAUCUUCGCCGACCCCCUCGCCGCGUCACCGCCGCCGACGCCGUCACCACCGCCUUCACCGGCCCCCCCAGCUGCGCCUCCUCCUCCAAAGGCCAAGCGCAGUCCUCCCCCACCUCCACCUCCUCCCAGCCCACCUCCUCCGCCGCCUCCGCCACCGCCCCCUAGCCCGCCACCGCCUAGCCCGCCUCCGCCUCCCCCACCUCCACCUCCUCCCAGCCCACCACCGCCUAGCCCGCCUCCGCCUCCC